AUGCGGGGGUUUCUUGGAUUGGUUUUGACUGAUUUUCGAUUCUUCUUCUUCUUUUCCAGAACCAACCAAUCAAAUUACCACUUGCAAGGGGAGAUGAGAAGACAAUAUCAGGACAGCAGCCAUUCUUCGACCCGAAACAAAACCACAAAGACAGACCAGCUCAUCCACCACAUCUACUCAAAAUCAACCCAGCUCAUCAUCAACGCAAGAAUCGACCAACCAACAACUGAUAGCAGGCAUGACAAAUGGUUCAACUUGGAAUUACCUGAGCCGGACUACUUCAAGGAGGAACUCAAGACAUGGAAGUCACUCUCAGCAUCAAUCCACUCACUCUCAAACUCAAACUCAUCAAACUCACUCAAAAACUCAAAACAACAACAGCAACAACAACAACCACUGCCCAACUAUGACCUCAUACCCGUCCUGAUCUUCGAAACCAUACUCGACAUCCAAGCACUCCCACCAAACUCAUUCAUCACCCUGACUGACUCUCAAGCUCGUGAGCACACCGUCGAUCAUCGUAUCCCUCAACCAACUCAUCCUAAUCACCCAACCCUUCAUCAUCAUCAUCAAUCCACUCACUCACUCAACAGGCCACAGAUCCAUAAGAAUAUCGUCAUCGAACGAUGGUCUGUCUCCCUACUCGGCCCAUUCCCCAAUCAACCCACCACCCUCGAACCCCCAACGGUCUAUCGUCACUCGAUCAUCCACUUCAGAGCCUUAUACAGUCACCUACGUACCAUGCCUGGCUCAACCCUCUAUCAAAGGCUCAAGAAACGUACCAACCCUGAACACGGCCUACUCAAGAUCGGCUGCCGAAUCAGUACCGCCAACCCUUGUCAAGAGUUCUCACUCCAUCCACUCCAGUUUCAUCAUCCAUCCUCAUACCCUCACCAGGAGAUCGGAAUCUAUCAAGACCUCUCAAACUCUCAAUCUCAUGCCCCACCUGAUUCGAUCUCCACCUAUGACUUUCCAUCCAUCCAAACCUCACUCGGUUCCAUCAAAACUCGCGUCAUCUAUCGCAACCAGAUCGAUUUCAGGAUUGGCGAUAAGGAGAGAGUCCUCAGCUCACGAUUUCGUCAGGAGGACCAACUCGAACGACCCCUAAGAGCUAGUACUACCAAUACUACUGCCACUCCAAUCUCAGCUUGGAUAGUCAACUAUCGGGCUGCCUGUUCGAAAUUUACCAAAUCCGGCCUAUCUGUACCCACUACGAGUACCACCACCAACAGACCAGCACCACAUCCCAUCCCUUCUCAUCCCCACAACACCGAUCACCACCACCACCAGCAUCAUCAUCAUCAUCAAUCAGAAUCAGUCUCCCCGCACCUGAAAUCUGAACCUAAUUCCUCAGAUCAUCCCCCUCUCACCUCCUACGGCUCUCUCUCCUCUCGGCACCAUCCUGUCCCUAAACCACAUAACUCGACCUCCUUUGAUCAGCUCUUCACUCCCGUCGAACCCUCGAAAACUUCAUCGGACUCACUCACUGCUGAGAUCCUUGCUGCAACCGAAUCUUCUCCCUUUGCCUCAGUUCCUCAUCGUCCCUCUCAAAAUAAUAAUGGAUCAGGCAAUAGCUCAGCAUUGACUGCCAAACUCCGACAAUCACUACCGCCAGUCCAAUCAAACGCCCUACCACUACCUCCAUCGCUCAACAGGAGCAAUUCCAGCAUCACCGCAGCACCUGGAGGGAACAGCAAGAUGGGAGCGAGUAACACGGCAGCGAGUCCACGGCAGUUCUCGGUUCUCUCGAGUAGCCCGUUAUCGGGGCCGUCUUCAUCGAUCAGGAUAUCCACCGGUCGACCACACUCUCAACAGGCCUCCUCAUCCAAUACUGCCCACCUCCUCCCUGGUGCAUCGCCCACCACCCCCGGCGGCUCGAGUGGCUCGUCGUACCCGCCGAUUCCUGGUCCUCUGAGCCCAGUGCCCGCUGACCCAAGUCUGGCCGCCCAGCGCUCGGCUCUCCCCGGUCAGCCGAUGAUGAGACGGUACUCAUCCUCGCGUCACUCGCGCUCGUUCGGCCAGGCCUCAUCGUCUGGAGGGACGAGCUUGUUGACGGGUGAUUCCGGCGGCUCUCUCGGUAGACGGGCCCUCCUCAACUCAUCAGCCUUCGACGAGCUCCAUCAGCAACGAAAGGCCGAGGAGGAAAAGAGCGACAUCAACCAGUUCAUUCAUCUCAUCGACAGCUCCCAGACGAUCCCAAUCACGCUCCGUCCUCAUCCGCGACAGGCCUCUCGACCCGCCCAUCUGCGCUACCAGAAACGGACCCCCAAAGACAGCCUUAGAUCUGACCAGCCCCUCGAGCCCUCCCUCGAUAACCUGGCCCCAACGAUCGAGGAGGAACAGGAGUUGGAGGAAGACUCGAGGCUAAGUCUACUCGUCAAGGAGAAGCUCGAGCUCACCCUCAAGAAACUGAUCCCUCCAUCCAACUCUGAAGAUUCCAUUCCAAGCUCCGGGCUCAGUAAUCAGGCACUCAGAAGUAUCCCUCAUUCCAGUCACCCCCCACAAGUGUUAUCUCACUUGACAGAGGCCACUCGUCCAGACUCAUCACAUCAAUACCCUUCCAACAUAUCAUCAUCAUCAUCUAAUAAUAAUCCCACUACUUGGAAAGGAAAAGCUCGUGCUGGUUCUACUGGACCACCGCUUCCUCCACCACCCGCUACUCCGACGACUCUUCAAAGACUAAGGGAAGAAGAAGACGAAGACUUGGCGGCGGAGGUGUUUAUAAGGCCCUCGUCGAUCGUCGAUCGUCAUCAGCCUACAGCAGAGCUCAUCAGUCCUCUUGCGGUUGGUUCAACCGAGCGGCCGAGUGGGGUGGGAGCUCAUGUCGGUUUGGGUGGUCUUGUGGAUCGGGUUCAUGAUGGGGAUCGGGUUUGUGAUGGGGAGCGGCGGGCUCGUGAGGAUGGUGAUCAGAUGGAUGAGAUUGGGCUAGACGAUGAAGAUGAUAUUAGGGUAGACGAUGAGGGUGAUCUCGAGGACGAAGAAGGAGAUCUGGAUGACGAAGAUCUUGAUCGGGCAGACGGGCAAGAAAACUGCACCGAACAAGUACUGGACGGCGGGGAUCAACAAGGUGUAGGUGGGCGCGAGCGCGAAGACAGAGGCGGCGGUGAUGGACUUGAGUCGAUUCCGAUCGAGUUGUAAAUCUUCCCCUUUUGUUUCGUAGCGGCUUCUCUUAUACCAUCAUUUUUCUUUCUGGUUCUCUUUCUCUUUCUCUUUCUCUUUGUGGGGAGGCCGGCUUGGGGCGCGGACGUUGGGCUGGUUUGUAUCUCGUAUCGUAUCUAUUUAUUCUUAUCUUUAUCGUCGCUCCAGAAACCAGAACCUAAACAUCAAAACAACCAAUCAAUCAAUCAAUCAAG